AUGGCGGAAGAAGGGUUUUGGACUGAGAAAGAUAUGAAAUUUAUUACUGCUUGGCUGCAGGACUUGGUUGCUGUUGGGUACCAACAGCCGAGGUUGAUGGCAAUACUAACUAAGGGUAAUAGAUUGCGGCUGUGGAUGGCUCGGAUGAGGGUGACAGCGGGACGACACUUCAAGAUGGCUUUUGCUAUGUUAUCUUCAAGCCAUCUAUGCAUUUUCACUGCACGCCCACAUGGUAGACAGCUUUUUUCGCAGAGAACAUCUAGCAAGCUCUGUGCCUCUCUCAAUGGUGCUAAAGCUUCCACUUCCAUUCAGACGGUUGUUCGGAGGUCGGGAAAUUACAAACCUUCCAUUUGGGAACAUCAUUAUCUUCAGUCACUUUCUAGUGUCUAUUCGGGAGAAGAAUACACAAGGAGAGCCGAAAACCUGAAGAAGAGAGUGAAGAUGAUGCUUGAACAAGUGAUGAUGGAUCCAUUGGAUCAACUUGAACUUGUGGAUGUUUUGCAGAGGCUUGGACUAUCCUAUCACUUUAAGGAUGAAAUUUCUAAAAUAUUGGAAGUUAUAUUCUCCAAUAAUUGCAACUGGGAUAAAUGGGAGGGAGAAAAUUUAUAUGCUACAGCUCUUCAAUUUAGACUCCUCAGACAACAAGGCUUUCAUGUCCCUCAAGAUGUUUUCAAGAGUUUCAUGAGUGAAAAUGGAAAAUUCAAGGCAUGCCAUUGUGGAGAUACCAAGGGACUUCUAUGUCUGUAUGAAGCUUCAUACUUUUCCAUAGAAGGUGAAAGCAUCUUGGAGGAGGCCAAAGAUUUCACAACCAGACAUCUCAAGAAAAAUCUUGAGCAGAAUAUAUGCAUGGAUAAAAAUCUCGCAAUGCAAGUAAGUCAUUCUUUGGAGCUUCCACUCCAUUGGAGGAUGAUAAGAUUAGAGAACAGGUGGUUCAUAGAUGUAUAUGAGAGAAGGCCUGACACGAAUCCUCUGUUGCUUGAGUUUGCCAAAUUGGAUUUUAACAUGGUGCAAGCAAAACAUUUGGAAGAAGUGAAACAGGUGGCCAGGUGGUGGAAAAAUAUAGGCUUUGCAGAAAAGUUGAACUUUGCAAGGGAUAGGCUAGUAGAGAAUUACUUUUGGUCUAUAGGUGUAUUUUUUGAGCCUCAAUUCGAAUAUGGUAGGACGUCGGCCGGGAAGGUCAACGCUCUUAUAACUGCGAUCGAUGAUGUUUACGAUGUGUAUGGUACACUAGAAGAACUAGAGCUCUUUACCGAUGCCGUUAAGAGGUGGGAUAUCAACGCUAUAGAUCAACUUCCAUACUAUAUGAAGUUGUGCUUUCUCGGCCUCUACAACUCCGUUAAUGAGAUGGCUUAUGAUUUUCUCAAGGAUGAGGGUUCUUCUAUUAUUUCAUUCUUUAAAAAAAGGUGGGCAGAGCUAUGUGAAGCCUACUUAAUCGAGGCAAAGUGGUACUACAGUGGCUAUAAACCAACCCUAAAAGAAUACCUUGAGAAUGCUUGUAUGUCAAUUGCAGUUCCUCUAAUGCUAGUUCAUGCUUAUUUUUCCAUUCCAUCUCCCACAACAAAGGAGGCCUUGGAAUGCUUAGACAAAUAUCCAAGUAUAUUCCAGUGCUCCGGCAUGGUUCUUCGUCUUGCAGAUGACUUGGGAACUUCUCCGGAUGAGAUGAAAAGAGGGGACGUCCCAAAAUCGAUUCAGUGUUACAUGUACGAAACAGGUGCCUCUGAAGAAGAAGCACGUGAUUACAUUAAGCACUUGAUAGAUGAAACAUGGAAAAAAAUGAACGAAGAUCUAUUUUCCGUUUCUCCCUUCUCCAAGACUUUCAUUUCGAUGGGAAUGAACUUUGGUAGGGUGGCACAGUGUCUCUACCAGUAUGGAGAUGGUCAUGGUGUUGAGGAUGGUGAGACCAAGGGUCGUGUAGUAUCAUUACUUAUUGAACCUAUUCCUCUUGUAUAAUGAAAUUGAAAUUAUUAUGUCAAUUUAAGUAUUAGAAUCAUAAUUUAUUAGUUAGUCAAAUUGAGCAAUAAUUGUGUCACAAGGUCAUCUCUUUUUUUUUUUUUUUUUUCUUUUUUUUAAUCAUUUUAUUCUUCUUUGAUAUAUAUAAAUAUAUAGUUUAAUGUUGUUGUCACCUUGCUAUGCAUUAUUGUACUACUUUUGUCAUUCUUGGUUCAAUAACGGACUUUAAUUGAGUCUCCCAUUCAUAGCCUUGAACCUGGUUGAGUUAAUG